AUGGAUAAAACAGGAAGCGUGUGCGAGUUUGGGGACAAGCAGCUCAUCAGCAGCACCAAGACAAGACGCAAAUGUUUCUGUACGCUACUCACGGUGAUCCCGACCAUCGCAUUGUUACUGACUGGUCUCGUGGUCUUCGACGUCGUAAUGGAGACCAACAUCGUCUCACACUCGCCUACGUCCAUGCUGUUAAACUACCAGGGGAUAUGUGUCGCGUCGACGGUGAACGCGAGCACCGUUGAGUACCACUCCAACGACAGAUAUUACUCCGAGCUCAAGGACAUGGGUCGUCUACCGGAGCCAGUCUUCCGCAACGACCACACCAGUCUCUACAGUGACUGGUCCAGCAACUUAAAGAAGUACAGCUACUGUUUGCCGAUCUCCCGUCGGAAGGACACACCGUUUUGCGAGACUCCAGACCGCUUGGAUCUGCUCAAUCUUCGCUCCUCCAAGUCGAUAUGCUACGCUAGUGUGCUGCAUAUGCUGCUAGUCGAGGUCUACGAAGAGCUUCAAGCUACUGGGAGCACUCCGUUCCUCGCGUUCGGGUCGCUACUGGGUGCUGUACGUAACAAGGCGUUGAUCCCGUUUACCGAAGACGCCGACAUCGGGUUCGUCGGUGACUUGCAUCACGAGGAAGUGUUGAUAGACGCUCUCCGACGGAAGGGUUAUCACAUGUUUUUCAUGAAUAUUUGGCGAGUAUGCGUUGCCCCAACGCACCCUCUGGCUGGGCUUUUGUACGACCCUGACUUGCCUAUCACCGAGGACUAUGUAGUGCCCUAUUUGGACCUGUACAAGAUGGAGCAGAAGAUAAAUGGCGCGUGGAAUGUGGAAUUCUGGAAACAAGACCAUGGCCGCGCUCUCCCCGACAGCAAAGUGAAACCUUUCUCGCAGGUGACGAUCAACGGAGUGGAAUUUGACACUGUACACGAUCCCAAAUAUUUUUUGAAGAAGGCAUACGGAUCAGACUACAUGACGCCGAAGCGACGGAGCGGGUAG